AUGCUGAAAAACGAUGGCAGCUACGAGAGAGAUAUUCAGCAAAGAUGUGCUGCAGCUUAUUCGGCAUUCAACGCAUUGACCAAGUGGCUGUGGUCGAACCCCAUCACCAGCAAAGUGAAACACCGAAUCUACCUACCCGCAGUUCACCCUAUCAAGAUGUACGGACUGGAGGCUUGGGCGGCGCCGUUGACAGCGAUCGAAGAGCUUGACUGUAUGGAGAGAGAGCUGUUUAGAGGACUGUUAGGCUUUUGGUUGAUGGUUUGCCAUAACGAAGAUCUUUACUCGGAAGUGGAUACGGUGUACCGGUGGAUGACACGUGAAAAACUUUAA